GGCGGGCGGGCGGGGGGGGAAGAAGGCAGGGAAUUCUUCCGCUCCCGUUGAGCCCGCAAGCCAAAGCCCUUAACGGGUCGGGUGGUCCUAGCUGGGCAAGCAGCGGUCAAAGCUUGCCAGACAGCGGAGUGGUCCGCCCAGCCCGUGCCCAGCAGCGCCCGCUAUCGCUGGAUGAGGAUCUCGUGAGAUGUCAUGAAAUGAGGCUCCGGAUUGCAAAUGUUCUAACACUUCUCGUCUUGGGUGCCUUUCUCUCUCUGUCGCUGUACGUUUCCUGGCUCAAUUUCAAAGGGGAUGAAAUGAGCAAGUACCAGCAAGAGUUUCUGGAACUCAGUGACAAGCUGCAAAAAGCAGAGGAAGAAAACUUGAAACGCUCUAAGGAGCUGCACCAAGUGCUGGAGGUGAUUAAGACUGUCCUAGCAUCAGAGAGAAAGUCAAUGAACAUCACUUCAAAGAUCGUGUCUGGAUUCUCAGAUGAAACAAAAGUGAAAGCAAGGAACCUGACCAGAGGUCAGAAUAAACUGCAGCCAAGUAUCUUCCAUCACCUCCCUCACCUACUCACUCGUGAAGACAGUCUUCAACCAAAGUUACUGUUAGGACAAGGGAGGACUGGAGUUUCGGUGGUGAUAGGUGUCCCUACAGUAAAGAGAGAAGUGCAAACUUACCUGCUGGACACACUAGACUCCCUGAUCUAUGAGCUAUCUCCUGAGGAAAAGAAAGAUUGCGUAAUAAUUGUAUUCAUCGCAGAGGUGAAUGAAAAUUAUGUAAAUAGUCUUGCAGAAAACAUAAACAAUGUAUAUCACAAUGAAAUAGAGUCUGGACUUCUGGAAAUCAUCUCCCCUUCUCCUGGGUUUUACCCUGACCUCUCAAAUCUCAGGGAGACCUUUGGAGACACACAACAGAGAGUUAAGUGGAGAACAAAGCAGAAUUUGGAUUACAGCUUUCUAAUGAUGUAUGCUCAACCCAAAGGAACCUUCUAUUUACAGUUAGAGGAUGAUAUUAUAGCAAAAAACAACUAUUUACAGACCAUAAAAAACUUUGCACAGCAGCAGCCUUCUGAUGAUUGGAUGAUCCUGGAGUUUUCCCAGCUUGGAUUUAUUGGAAAGUUGUUCAAGAAUGCUGAUCUGCCAUUAAUAGUGGAAUUCAUUAUCAUGUUCUACAAGGACAAGCCUAUAGACUGGUUACUCGACCACAUAUUAUGGGUGAAGGUGUGCAAUCCUGAGAAAGAUGCCAAACAUUGUGACAGACAAAAGGCCAAUUUACGAAUACGUUACAAGCCUUCCCUCUUCCAGCAUGUGGGAACUCACUCUUCACUGGCUGGAAAAGUGCAGCCUCUAAAAGAUAAGGACUUUGGGAAACAACAAUUACAUAGAGGGCACUCAAAUCCCAUGGCGGAACUGAACACCAGCUUGAAAGUCUAUCAGCAAUACAAUCUGGCAAAGGCCUACCAAGGCGAGAAUUUCUUCUGGGCAUUUGUUCCUGAGGCCGGGGACUUCAUCCAGUUUAAAUUCUUCCAGCCAUUGAAAGUGGAAAGAUACGUCUUUAGAAGUGGGAAUGUAGAACACCCGGGAGACAAACUUUUCAAUACAACAGUAGAGGUUUUACCAGCAAACAGAAGUGUCCUUGAGAAAAAAUCGUUGCAAGACUUUAGUGUCAAAGACCCCAAAUACAAAAUAACAAAAGAUGGAUAUUUAAAAAUAGGUUCAUUUGUGAAUGGAGUUGCAGAAGGAGAAAUCGAGACAUCGAUUGGAAAGAUUGAAGCUAUUCGGUUAACUAUUCAGACAGAAUCCCCUGUUUGGGUAUUACUGAGUGAGAUACUCAUUAAGGCAGCUACAUAACUACAAGAAGGAGAUUCCACUACCUUCCAGAAAUACACCAACAGUAUUGUCUCUUCAACCAAGGAUAAUUACACGAAACGUAAUUUGAAAAUCUGAAGCCCAAUGAUUUUUUCUUAAGAGGUCAUCUCCUUCCUCCUUUCUGUAUCCUCUUUUGACAUACAACAACUAUGGAGUUUUUUUUGAUGGAGAUGGAUUUCUUCCACAACUACGCCGUCUAGUGGAGCCACAUUAGAAGGACAAUUCGGUCAUGUUCAGCCAACCUGAGCCAGAGUAAACUUUAGGACUAAUUGAUUGUGGAGAGACAUUGAAAGUAUGCAAAUAAUUUAAACAUGAGCUUUUAAAAACAAGUUGAACUUAUUUAUAAAUAUGCUGAAUUUGUUUUCCUGUGUUUGUUUCAGCAAACCUUUACUCUCACCAGGAGGCUUUUAAAACAAGAAAGGCAUAGUGUAUUUUAAUGAAAACUUGAAUUUCUUGCCAAGUGGUUAAUGAACUUUGAAAACAAUUCAUCCAACUUGAUUUUAGAAUUAUCUUUAAAGUUAAGGUUGGUGUCAUGCCUGUGCUUGCAAAUACGCGUAAGCUGAGUUUCCUUCCUCUCCUCCAAAGUAUUUUUGACUCCAAAGUACCUCUGCUGGGAUUUAGUUCAACGGCCAGUUGUUCUCUGGUACCUCAUUCAAGUGCCCAUUAUUUAUGUGUAAGCCUCGACAGUGAGUGGCAACAUAUCUGAGCCCGAUCUCACCCGAAGUCCACAUAAGCGCGUCCUCCAGCAGAGGUUCACAUACAGCGACCCAAAGUGGAAACCUUGUGAUUCUCCUCUCCCCUAAACCAGGAGCACUGAGGCCAGUUGUCACAGCUGCUAAUCCUGGCUAACUCAGCUCAGACUGGGAUUCCAAAUGUUAUGGGCUUUGGGUUGGCUGGGUUUUCAGUGUUGUCUCUAGCAACCUGGUGAGGUCCUCAAGGCAGCCCACAUGAGACUAAGUGCUGCACAACAUUCACUUGCCCAGUGAGGGGCCAGCAAACGUGAAUGUUUUGGGCAAGGAUGACUUUGAAUGUUGAAUUCAAAGUUGAAUGACUGGGCAAGGAUUCAGACAAAGAACAGGUGGUCCAGCAGUCUGGCUGAUAGCCAGGUAGAUCUAGUCACUAUUUUUUGGGUACCUUUCACAUGUGGUACUGCUACAAGUUUAAAGAUUAAGCUGUUCUCAAAUCCAUUCAUUCACUGGUUCUUGUUCUAGCAACACUUAUGAAUGUAGUUUUAUUAAAUUCAAUUUAACAUUUUUUUAAAAAAUGUCAUUUUUGUAGCACAAAUACUGUAUCAAGGUGCGUUUCCCUCCUUUGCCUUCAUUACCAGAGAUCAGGUUAGAAUUUAUAAAAACGUUAACUCAGUAUGCACGGGUAUCCAAAAAAUGCAUAUGUCCUAAAUCACCUUGCAUAACACAAACCAAUCAACUGGCAUGUUUAAUUUCAGAUCAUUCCCCC